AUGUCCCAUAGGUUAAAGGUAUUACCUUAUUUAAUCAAACAUACCCCUAAAGCACCAAUAUUGUCUCAGAAUCUCAUUCAGGUAUAUGCAUUCGACUUGGACCAUACUUUGAUUCAGCCCAUUAGCAGUUCGACGUUUAGCAAGACAGCUGAAGAUUGGCAAUUCGUCAAAUAUGGUAAUAGAAAUUCGAUAGAUACGUUACUUCAACUGGUUCGAGAUGAACCUAAUUCAUUGAUAGUAGUUUUCUCCAAUCAAGGUGGUGUACUUGCAUCCCCGCCGGAUUCCAAGAGCUGCAUCAAAUACCUUACCAAGAUCGAGCUGGUCUUGAAGCACAUUGCAACAAUGGCCCAAGGUGAUCAACUAUUAAAUAGACUAUGGAUAUAUGCUUCUCCCAAAGCACCAGCAAGAAUUGCAGAUCGCAGCAUGUUUAUCGAUAUGAGGAAGCCGGCGACCGGUAUGAUGAACCAGUUUCAGCAAGAUAUUGGAUCGCUACCGAUCGAAUUAAAGUACUACUGUGGUGACGCUGCCGGCAGGCCCACGGAUUUUAGUGAUUCUGACGUGAAGUUUGCCCACAAUUUACAUACUAUUUUCAAAUUACCAGAAGAUUUAUUCAUUACUUAG